GGACCAGGACCGAGAGAGACCACGACCAGAACUCUCAGAACACGCAGACCCGGACACCUGGACACCUGGACACCAGAGUCCGCGAGCCGUUUCAGGCUGUUUGUAAAACUUUAUUGAGUUUAAAAAGUGAGGCGGCAGCUCCGCUCCGUUAGCCGCUAACAGCUAACAUUUAGCCUGCUGCUAACCGGGAAGUGACGGGUUCAGGUGAAAACGGGCUCGAACCGCAGGUGUGUUAUCUUCAGAGGACUCGGACAGUAGAAGAAGAAGAUGAGUGGAGGAGUGAACAGCAUUGAGGCCGUGAAGAAGAAGAUCAAAGUUCUUCAGGAGCAGGCGGAGGAGGCCGAAGAGCGUGCGGAGAGACUGCAGAAGGAUGUGGAGAAGGAGAAGAGGAGCAGAGAGGAGGCAGAGGGGGAGGUGACGGCUCUAGGUCGCCGUCUGCAGCUCAGUGAGGAGAACCUGGACCGAGCUCAGGAGAGACUGGCUACAGCUCUGCACAAACUGGACGAGGUGGAGAAGGCUGCUGAUGAGAGUGAGAGAGGUAUGAAGGUGAUAGAGAACAGAGCUCUCAAGGACGAGGAGAAGAUGGAGCACCUGGAGGUUCAGCUGAGAGAGGCCAAACAGAUCGCUGAGGAGGCUGAUCGGAAAUAUGAGGAGGUGGCUCGUAAACUGGUGAUGGUGGAAGGAGAACUGGAACGAGCUGAAGACAGAGCCGAGCAGUCUGAGAGUAAGAGUCGAGUGUUGGAGGAGGAGCUGAAAACUGUCUUCACUAGUUCAAAGUCUCUGGAGGCCCAGGCUGACAAGUAUUCUCAGAAGGAGGACAGGUAUGAAGAAGAGAUCAAGAACCUGAGCAGCAAACUCAAAGAGGCUGAGACCAGAGCGGAACUUGCUGAACGUUCAGUGGCCAAACUGGAGAAAACCAUCGACAACCUGGAAGACUCUCUGGCUUCUGCCAGAAACGCUAACAUGGAGCUUCAGGCAACUCUGCAUCAGACCAUGGAGGAGCUGAACUCCUGCUGAACCUUCUCCCCCACUGCUUCUCCCCUCCCUCCCCCCACUCACCUUGCUCUGCUGCCUGACAGGUUGAUGUCAGGGAACUCUGUGGCCAAAACAUUCCUACUUGCCCUCCUUAUACCUGCACCUCCUGCUGCUGAACCUACUUUCACUGUUACUCCCCCAUCUCCCCUCCUCCAGGUGGAUGCUCAGGAGGUCCAGGUCAAACUCUGUGGCCAAAACAUUCCUCCUCCCACUUCUCCUUUCCUCCCACUGGUGGCUGCUCAGUGGACCAAACAUUCCUCCUCCUCCUGCACCUCCUCCCCUUCUUCCACUGCUCCUCCUUUCCUGGUGGAUAUGAGGGAGGUGCCAGGGUGGUGUGGUGUAGCCUCCCCCCUCCCCUCCUCCUCCUCAUCUUAAUGAGUCAUGCUUUCACACAUUCCUUCUCUGAACCUUUAAGUCACAUUUGGAGUGUUGCUUUAAUUUCUUCCUCCUGUCUGCCCCCCCAUCUCUCCUCCCUCUUCCUCACCGACUGAUGGUGCCAACACCCCCCCCCCCAGUAUUACGUGAGGGAGGCAAGACGAGGAGCUGCUCGAUGUUUUUUGUCUAUAAGGGAGUUUAACAGUGACUUACAUCCAUUCCCUCGUUAAGAACUAAUUAACUAAUUAAGAACUAAUAAGUGUUUGUCUGAACGGUUUGUCGUUACACUGAUUAGUUUUCUUUGCCACUAUAAUUAACUAUUGAUUGAUUGAUUGAUUAGAGCCAACUUCCUGUUAGCCAAUGAUUUAUUUUUGUUCCUGGGGGGUGUGGUUUAAGAUGCCAAUCACAGCGAGGCAUUCCACUGCCAUGUAUGGUAAACCCGGGGCCAAUCUGACCUGUUUUUUUUUUUCCUACAGAUGACCUUUGACCUGAUGACAUGAAUAGAUAAAGUUUAGAAAUGUUUUUACCUGGAAGCCGGUGAUGUCAUCACUGUGCUGAUGUCACAGCUCAUUGUAAUAAAUCAUGACAGGAUUUUAUAAAAUAAAAGCACCGUCACUGGUAUGUAGAUCCAAA